AUGUCUGCUCCGAAGAUCCCCUCCGAUCAACUCGCACAAGUUAUUGAUAAGACCGGCGGUCCUAUCGUAUACAAGCGGAUCCCCGUCCAAGCCCCCGGCCCUGAUGAGGUGCUCAUCAACGUCAAGUACUCUGGCGUUUGCCACACAGAUCUUCACGCAAUGAUGGGCGACUGGCCUCUCGAAACGAAACUCCCCCUCGUCGGCGGCCACGAAGGCGCCGGUAUAGUGGUUGCCAAAGGCCAACUCGUCGGCAAUGAUAUCCAAAUCGGGGAUCAUGCCGGCAUUAAGUGGCUUAACGGCUCAUGUCUCAGCUGUUCCUACUGCAGGCAAGGUGAAGAGCCACUCUGUGCCAAGGGUCUCCUAUCUGGCUAUACGGUAGAUGGCACGUUUCAGCAGUACGCCAUCGCCAAAGCCGCUCACAUCGCUCGCAUCCCCAAACACCUCUCCCUCGAGUCAAUCGCCCCUAUACUCUGCGCAGGGCUUACUGCAUAUAAGGGCCUCAAAGAGUCCGAGGCUCGCCCAGGUCAGACAGUCGCUAUUGUAGGUGCUGGAGGGGGCCUUGGCAAUAUGGCUCUCCAGUAUGCGAAAGCUAUGGGCCUUCGCAUUAUUGCCGUCGAUGGUGGCAAGGAGAAGGGAGAAGCGUGCAAGGCCCUUGGCGCUGAAACUUUCGUUGACUUCCAGACCUCCAAAGACCUCGUCAAGGACAUCAAGGCUGCUAGCUUUGAUGGUUUGGGUCCCCACGCUGUCAUACUUUUCGCUGUCUCUGAGGGUCCUUUCCAGCAGGCUGCCAGCUACGUUCGCCCUCAUGGUACGAUUGUCUGUAUUGGUAUGCCUGCCAAUGCUUUCAUCAAGGCCCCUGUAUUCAGCACAGUCGUCCACAUGAUCAGGAUCAAGGGUAGUUACGUUGGGAACCGCCAAGACACCGAUGAGGCCAUUGACUUUUUCGCCCGCGGCUUGAUUAAAGCGCCUUACAAAGUCAUUGGUCUCAGCGAACUCCAAAAGGUUUAUAACAUGAUGGAGGACAUGACCAUUGUCGGUCGCUACGUCGUCGACGUUAGCCGUUAG